UUUUUUAUGUAAAUACAGGAAACAAACUGAAUGACAGGCUGAAGAUGUUCAGAAGGGUGUUUUAUUUAACGUUAUAAAUCGUAUUACAUUAUGCCACUGGACGCAGCAAUUACAGUAAGUUGUGCUAGUGGUUGUGAAGUUAUAUUUAGUAAGAUACAAUUCGUAUAGGUAGGUUGGUAGACUGGAAGUUUAACCUCUCCUGUUAAAAUCUCUCCUAGUAAAUAUGAAAACAGUUAACAUACGACUGUAUUUCAAUUAAACAUUUUCCCUUAUUUGUAUAACAAGGACCUUUUGCAAUGAUGCCAGUGUAGGUGGGCUCUACACACAUUAAUGUGGAGAUUACCUAGAUUGGGUUUUCGCAUAUUACGUAGGGUCUUCAGCAGUGGUGCAGAUGAGGACAUGGGCAAGAAAGGUGCAUUUUUCUACGCGGUGAGGAAAGGCUUUCAACCCGGUGUUUACAGCACUUGGGACGAAUGCAAGAGUCAGGUGGACAAGUUCCCAUAUGCAAGCUACAAGAAGUUUGCCUUGGAAAAAGAUGCCUGGGAGUUUGUGAGAAGUCAAUCAACGAAAUGUUCAUCAACUACAGAAGCGGCAGAGCCCAGCAGCGUGGACAUUGAACUACCAAAGAGGGCUCCGAGCUAUGAGGCCAAUCAGGCAGCUGUGCUGAGAGGCUUCAAGAGGCUCAAAGAGAAGGGAGUGAGCGAUGAGGAAGAGGCACUGGAGGACGAAGUGGACGGACAUGCUUCCAAAAGGAUGAAGCCUUCAGAAGACAAGCCCCCAGAAGACAAGCCGCCAAACGAUGGCAGCAAAACACCUGCCGAACAGAGUAACUUCACCUACAUGGGGGAUGCAGUUGUAGUGUACACGGACGGCUGUUGUGAAGGAAAUGGGAAGACUGGAGCUCGUGCUGGAAUUGGGGUGUACUGGGGUCCCAAUCAUCCUUUGAAUGUUGCUGAGAAGCUGCAUGGAAGGCAGACCAACCAGAGAGCUGAAAUAGUGGCUGCCUGUAAAGCUCUGGAGCAGGCUAAAGAAAUGAAGAUCAAGAAGCUAGUGCUCUACACUGACAGCAAGUUCACCAUCAACGGGGUGAACAGUUGGGUGAGUAAAUGGAAGGUCAAUGGCUGGAGACUGAAGGGCGGUGGCACAGUCAUCAACAAGGAAGACUUCCAGCGUCUGGAUGCAUUGAACCAGGAGGUGGAAGUGGUUUGGCAACACAUCCCGGGUCACGCAGGCUUUGCGGGAAACGAGGAGGCUGACAGACUAUCGAGACUGGGGGCUGCCAAAUCUCAGGACUAGCCCAUGUUUUAAGACCCUACUACACCACCUUCCCCUUACGCACACCCACCUUCCCAUGUUUCAGAUGUGCACCUUGGUCUAAAGAAAGAGGGUAAUUGGGGCAGGAAUGUGUUAUUGAUGACUUGGUUUUGCGCCGUUCCCAAAUUUCAGUGCCAAUUCCGUUCCAAAGGGAUCUGAGGGCUGUACUUAGUGGUGAGGUCUGUAUCAGAGUACAUGGUAAAGCGACUAGAAGAGGUGCAUGACUUAUUCCCCAUAGGUGAACCAUGACAAAGGAUGAUUCUAUUAGAAAGUUCACGUUUACUCUGAAUGUACCUAGUCAGGCUUAGCCAUUGCCUUCUGGUCUGUGGAUGGGAUUCAGUUUACUGCUUGUUUUAAAGCAGACAGGAUGGAUUGUUGGACAAAGUGACAAAAGGAGAUGCUAGUUUGUGUCGGCUGUAUUCAUAUCAAGCAUAUUCUGGGGUGACAGUGCUUUGCUGUGGCUCUAACAGGCAAUACCGCCUUUGGUGUAUUGCAAGUCUGUGUUUUUAUAUGUAAUCCAAAAGCUGCUUUUAAGUUUGUUUUUCCAUGUUUAUGUCCUAGAAUUAAAUGAACAUUACAUGUAAAAUGUUGAGGUUUUUGACUGUUAAUAAAGCUCUUAUUUGGUGA